GAGGGUCGAGGCCGAGCAGUGGAACCCGGCCGGGUCCCGUCGUGGUCUACGCCGCCUGUCGCGCCGCCCGCCCCGCCGCCGCCGCCACCACCGCCGCCGCCGCCGCCGCUGCCAUGGGAGUGCAGGUGGAGACCAUCUCCCCCGGAGACGGGCGCACCUUCCCGAAGCGCGGGCAGACCUGCGUGGUGCACUACACCGGGAUGCUUGAAGAUGGAAAGAAAUUCGAUUCCUCCCGGGACAGAAACAAGCCCUUUAAGUUUAUGCUAGGCAAGCAGGAAGUGAUUCGAGGCUGGGAAGAAGGGGUCGCCCAGAUGAGUGUGGGCCAGAGAGCCAAACUGACCAUCUCUCCAGACUACGCCUAUGGUGCCACUGGACACCCAGGCAUCAUCCCACCCAACGCCACUCUCGUCUUUGACGUGGAACUUCUAAAGCUGGAAUGACAGGAAUGGCUCCCCCCCCCUGCG